UGGUUGAACACGCCUCCGCUAGCGCUAGGAAGCAAGGAAGCAAGGAAGCACAGCUGCCUGGAGGAAGCUCUCAUAGAUGUCCUGAUCCCAAGACGGGGCGGAGCCCCCAAGUGUUGACGAUGCGUUUCCACUUCAAGAAGUGUCUCGGACUACUGAUGGUCAGCGGCUCCCUGCUGGUGUUGGUCUUCAACACGUGGAGCCCUGCACCUCCCUCAGGAGUGGACCUGCGGCGUGGACGCAACUUUGGAAUGGAGAACAUCAUCAGUGAGAAACUGCAAGCCCUCUUGAAGGACUAUGAUGACAUUUCUUAUCACGUGAAGGAGGAGGUGGCAUGUCUCGUGCAAAGACACACGUGUGAAUGCGUGGCUGAUAAGGAGACCAUCCAGCUGCCGCUCUCCAAUCUGCUCUUCCCACGUGUGAAGGCCCAUGACCUGGAACAGAUCUUCUUACAAUCGCACCCGGACCCUGAGGGCGUGAAGCGUCACAGAGCUGAAGAGUAUCGUCAUUUUCAAAUGAGGUCUUCCAGUCCUGCAGAUGUUCUUAUUGUAAACGAGGGCAACAGUCCCCUUCAGUAUCCCUCCCAGGGUGUGGCAGUACGACCGCUCAAGACCAUCAUCAUUCCAGGAUUACGGCUUGUUGAAAAAGCAAGAUCCAACCACACGGUGAGUUUCCCCUUCUUGUGCGGUGACCGUAUGCUGAUAAAUGAAAGUGAAAGCUUUAAUUCUUCUCACUCUCCAACGUCACGGCAGGUAUACUUGACAGCAGCUCUGGGGACUUUUGAUGUGGUUGCCACAGUGGACAUGAUCUCCAUUAAAGGAGAAGGAGAGAAACGGAUGAUCCUCUCGAGUCCUUUUCUCUCUGCUCUGAACAGGCAGCUGCAAUUUGUCACCUACACAAACACUGUGUUCCAUCCCAGGACAGCAGACACCGUUGAGUUUGCAAAUGAAGGUCAUCAGUCAUUUUUCACCAUCAAAAUUGGACAUUCCACCAUCCCAAGGUUGUACAACUCCAACUCCGGGUAUCCAAAAGAGACCAACAUCAGCGCUCUCGUCACCAUCGUGACAAAGACCUUUCUACGCUAUGAUAAACUCCAAGAUCUCAUCGUCAGCAUCAGGCGAUAUUAUCCAACAAUCACCAUCGUGAUAGCUGAUGAUAACGAGCACCCACAGCGAGUGGUUGGACCUCACGUUGAGCAUUACAUUAUGCCAUUUGGAAAGGGUUGGUUUGCUGGGAGGAACCUGGCCGUGUCUCAGGUGACCACCAAGUACGUCCUUUGGGUGGAUGAUGAUUUCCUCUUCACUGCAAACACCAAGCUGGAGAAGAUGGUGGACAUCCUGGAGCGGACUAGUCUGGAUGUGGUCGGGGGUGCAGUCCAAGAGGUCACGGGCUGGACGGCAACGUUUCGUCACACCAUUUCCGUGGAAGAGGGGGGAGAAGACGGGGACUGCGUCCAUAUCCGGCGUGGCUACCACCACGAUAUUGAGGGAUUCGCCAAUUGCGUGGUCACUGAUGCCGUCAUCAACUUCUUCAUGGGGAGGACAGACAAAGUCCAGCAGGUUGGCUUCAACCCCCAACUGGCUCGCCGUGGUCACCUGGAGUUCUUCAUCGACGCCCUCGGGUCCCUCCACAUCGGCUCCUGCAGUGACGUCGUUAUAAAGCACGCGUCUAAGAUCAAGCUGCCAUGGAGGGAUGCAACCGACGCCCAGAAGGCCUAUGAAAGGUUCAGAUACUCCAAGAGCAGCGUUGAGAAUCAUAUUCACGAUGAAGUCUUUUACUUCAAGGACAGGUUCAAAUGCAUGACCACUCAAUGACGUCUGAGGGCAGCAGGGCGGCCAUCUUGGAUCAAAACACAUUUUCAGGUCAAAGGCAGUAUUAAUAUGGAAAUAUUAACAAUUUUCAUUUUAACUCUAUCUGUCCCACGGUGAGGCUCAUAGGAAGAAAAGGCCAUAAUGUUUACUAUGGUGCCCCCUUGUGGUUGGCAUGGGUGUGAAGUGGGAGGGAGGUUGUGUGCGUGGAAGGCAAGUUUCUUCAAACUAGCACAGUGGAGAACUUUAGAACUUUACACUUUUUGAAUGAUGUCGACUUAUUGUCAUACAGCGAUACAAUGUUGUACUGAGCAGCCGGAACAGCGAUGUGUGUGCUAUUUUCCCACAUUGUGUUAAGUUCCACUGUGAUGCAUUCAAGUGAAAAAGCUAGGUGCCUUAAACGCCCCUUUUAUGACUGGAAAAUUUAUCACCAGCUCUUAAGUGUUUGCACGUCUGACCUCCAAUCUUGACUAUUGACAGAAUAUACUCAUCAAGUUUUUGUGAUGUAAUUAUAUUUUAAUAAUGCCCAUGGCACUAGAAUUGUGUAAGGAUCAUCUAAAAAAUAAAAACUAAAUAAACUCAGGUUAACUAAUGAGGCAAAUUUGAUGGAAGGGAAGUGUAAUGCAAUGCAAUGCAAUAAUGUAAUGUAACGUAAUUGUCAGUGACAAUGAGAAAUAUGAUGCCCUUUCACAAUGUCGCCACUAGAUGGAGACAUUACACACAAGUCAGUUAGUUUGUAAAUAUGUAAUAUAUUGACUGAAGUGUGUGCGGAUGGGAAGAUGUGACAUAUUCUAUUAUGUCUAUUUUGUAGUGGCAUUGUUUUUUUUUAAUAAAAAUAAAGAGUUUAUAUGUAUUAUUUGCGUUUAUGUUUUCUAAUGGAAGUAAAGUAUUGGUGAUGAACAUAUGAUGACACUUGCAUUUGCAUUGUAAUGUUAAAUUAACAAAAAAGGAAGAAGUCUAAUGGACACUAGAGGGCAGCAGAGUGACAUAAUAAGGUUUUAUGACCUGUUCCUUUGAUAAAUGACAGGUUC